GUUGGACUGCCUGCUCGAGGAAAAUCAUAUAUUUGCAAGAAAUUGUGCAGGUAUCUUUCCUGGUGCGGAUUCAACACCAAAGUCUUCAAUGUUGGCAAUCGUCGUCUACACGGUGUCACACCUCACGAUGCACACUUUUUCGACAAUACAAACCAGGAUGCUAAAGCAAUUCGUGAGCGAUUGGCUUUGGAUACACUUGAUGAGCUUAUUCUAUGGCUGAACCAUGGGGGAAAAGUAGCGAUUCACGAUGCAACAAAUUCGACGGUAGAACGAAGGAAAAGUCUCUUGGAGCGUGUUGAGCGAGAACCUGGAAUCAGAGCUCUAUUCAUUGAGAGUAUCUGUCCGGAUCCUGCUGUUUUGGCACAAAAUAUCCAGAUGAAGCUUAAUGGCCCGGAUUAUAAAUUUAUGGAUCCUGAAGUUGCUAUAAACGAUUUCCAGGCUAGAAUUGCCAAUUAUGAAAAGGUGUACGAAACUAUUUCCGAGGCUGAAGAAAAGCGUGAUGUGAGCUACAUCAAGAUAAUUAAUGUUGGUCAAAAGAUUAUUGCCAACUGUAUUCGCGGAUAUCUUCCCAGCCAAUGUGUGUUUUAUCUCAUGCAAAUGCACAUCAAGCAGCGUACCAUCUAUCUGACGCGGCAUGGCCAAUCUGAUUUUAAUUUAUCCGAGCGUAUCGGAGGUGAUCCUCCAGUAACGCUGCUUGGUAGAAAAUAUUCCAUAGCACUUGCGAGAUUCAUGAAACAACUGUGUCCAGCAAAACCUCAUACAGAAUCCUCUACCACAUCUCCCUCUCAGAAGGAAUCAAACUACUUUGCCUCUAGUGGUGACGAACUUUUUACGAGUAAUAGCAGUGGAUUUCAAACUGGUACUGCGACACCAGACCCUACUCCAAUGACCAAUGUAAGUGAUCGAAACGCCCCACUCAGUGUCUUCACAUCAACGUUGCGUCGCACUAUGGAUAUUACGGAUCAAUUUGAUCCGGAUGAGUAUGAAGUCAACAACGUCAGAUUUCUCAACGAAAUCUAUGCUGGCUCGUUCGAAGGCUUAACCUAUGCUGAUAUCGAGCGCGAUCAUCCAUUAGAGUUUGCGGCACGAAAGCGUAACAAGUUGCUGUAUCGCUAUCCUGGAUCAGGAGGUGAAUCUUAUAUUGAUGUGAUUGAGCGUCUACGACCAGUCAUUAUCGAACUGGAGCGAAUGCAGUCUGAUGCACUUGUUGUAACCCACCAAGUCGUGCUUAGAACGCUAUUGGCUUAUUUCCUUGGCAUUCCACUUCAUGAAAUGCCCACAUUGGUUGUCCCUCUUCACACACUAUAUUGUCUCAAACCACAGCCCUAUGGUACAGAUGUGACAAGAUGUAAGCUGUAUCUAUUUUUAUUAGUCCAUGAAAUUGACAUGGCUUGA